UAUAAAGUAUAAACAUUCUGGGCAAACAACUCAGUGUAUCCGUGGACAAGAUCGAGAGGAGUUCUAUACAAAGUUGUGCUCAAACAUCACUAAAUAUUUCUCAAACUGAGAACGCUCGUGCGAAGUGAACGAAAAGACGACGAAUAGAUUUAUAAGAAUGACGCUACAGACUGUGUUUGUGGCGGUGGCCGUGCUGGCGGCGGGCGCGUGGGCGCACACCCUCCACCUCGGCCGAACUUGCCCCAACGUGCAGCCCUUUCCUAACCUCUCGCUCGACAAGGUCCUGGGUGCGUGGUACGUCGUUCACAAAUUCGACACCGACAACACCUGCCUGAUGUGGAACCUGACCCGCGGAGAACUUCCCGACACGCUGCUGGUGACGGAGACGCGGCAGUUGUCCGUGCUGGAUACCUUCGGCGUCGACCACACCCACGCGAUCACCGCCAAGGUGGACAUUCCCAAUCCAGAGGUCCCUUCCAAAAUGCGCAUCCGCUGGCCCACGUCAGCUAUCACCGGCAAGGCUGACUUCAUCAUUUUCGACACGGAUUACGACACGUACAUGGCUAUCUUCGAGUGCGACCGCGCGGGCUUGCUGCACCGCCGCUCCGUCGCCAUCCUCUCGCGCACGCAGACCAUCGAUGAGAUGUUCGUGAGAAGGGUCCGUCGCCUCCUGGACGUAGCUGAAGUAGGGCAUGGCGCCCUUUCCACUAUCAGUCAUGACACUUGCCGGAAGACUGGGCAACACAACUGGCACGUGGACGAAGAGCUGUUUGGACUCCUGCCAGGGGUGGACGAGAGCCAGGUGCGCAGGCGCGUGUCCGACGGGGUCCAGGACUACGAUAUCACGCAGCUCGAGAUCAUCGGCGACGGCAUCGAGGACGAGAGCUUCCGCGGUAGCUUGAAGGACAGGCGGCCUGCUCCCAGUCUUUAAGGAGGAGGAGGAGGGGGAGGAAAAUAAUUAUAAGAAAAAGAAGGAAAACUAGUAGAAGGCAAAGGGGAAAGAAGGAGAAUAGUAACAGUAGAAGUGACUCCUUCUCCCUUGCACCCAAUGCUUGAUUUCAUCCAGUCCCUCUCAUUCGCGCACACCAACGCCAUCUUUCGACUGCAAGAUUAACCAAAGACGGGUCGCCCAGUCCCAAAGACACGAUGCUCAUUCCCUUCGUGGUGAAAUGGACAAGAAAGUUACAAAACUUUUUUUUUUUUAAUUAAUAUACAAUUAUGUUAUAAUACUGAUGUUAUAUUUGUAAAAUAUGUGUGAAAACUGCUCCAAAUGUUAAAAUAGAUGGAACAUUCCUAAGGCAUCUAGGCAAAGGUGUAGGAUAAUGGACCUGCAAGCCAGCGCCUCAGAGGAGUGCCACGCCCAGCCCGAAUCUCAAGCCAAGACUCAGGUCCAUUAAGGUACCUGCUACCUUGGCUCUCCCUGAUCCGUACCUGUUAUUAAAGUGUAAUAAAAUCUGUUGUUUACUAA